AUGGUGGGUCGGAGGCUCUGCCGCCCGGGACGCCGGUGGCCCGACUCGCAGGGAUCGCCCUGCGCCGCCAGCUUCGGGGCCCUCGCGACAGCCUCCAUCAGGCCAGUGGCGGAGCGCGGCGCGACGGGGCACGACGGGGAGCCCAGCGCCCCUGGUCCCCUCCUCGUGCAGCUCGGGCGAGCUUCGGCCGCUUCCUCAGGGUUCCUCCCCGAACGGAAGGAGGUGGGAGCCUCCCCGGCCCAGCCCAAGAUGCCUUCAGCCCGGAGGAAGAAGGCUGUGGCUUUCUGUCUCGCUGGGGGCUCCCCCAGGGAAGGAAGAAAGGCCCCCAUCUGCCCACUAAGCCAGGGGUCGCUGCUGGACUACAGUCCCCUCCCUCCGCUCGUGUCUGGGGAUGCUGGGAAUGGGGGUUGGCAGCCGCCCUCCCACCUCAGAAAAGGCGCUUCCAGGCUCCACGUGAUUGGGGGCCACCACAGACUGAUCGACUCCCCCCCAACAACAUCCACCUUUGAACUCCAGCCGCUUUUCCGAAAGGGGCGGCAGGAGGGGUUAAACAGCCUCUCUGCCUUGUGUCUUAGCAACAUCAAGCCUCCCAAACAUGGCCCCACCAAGCACAAGUUGCGUGGAAGACACUACGCCGCCAGUACGGGACAGACGCAGUGGCUCCAGAUUUCUCUGCAGAAAGCUGAAUCUCCGACCCAGUCCGAUAUUAACGGCUUCUCCACGCUGCACACGGCUGCGCUGUACGGACGGCUGGACUGCAUGAAGAUGCUGAUUGAGAAAUACCACAUUAACGUCAAUCUGGCCAGCCUCCGGGGCUGGCGGUCCAUCCACCUGGUGCUGGGCCGGGAGAGCAAGGGGAUGUCCUUGGAGUGCCUUCAGUACCUGCUCAGCAAAGGCGCAGAUGUCAACGUGCAGAACCAAAGCGGGGUAUCUCCGCUUCACAAGGCUGCGAGCGAGGGGCGUGAGGACUGUCUCCAAGUCCUGAUUGAAGCUGGAGGCGAUGUCCAUGCCCAGGACAAUGAGGGACAGAAGCCCAUCGAUCUGUGCAAAAUGUGGGGCCACAGAAAGUGUGCUAAGCGUCUCUCCCACGCCAUGUGGCAGGCAGACAAGAAGCGCCGGCUGCGGGAGAUGUGCAGGCUGGAGGCCAUCAAGCUGGAGUGUCAGAUGAAGCAGAGAGAGUUCAUUCAAAAAGAACAGAGGGAUCUGGACUUCUACAGCAGCUUGGCAUUUGAAAAGUGGCUUGCCAAGAAGGGCUUGCCGUUGCCCUCCCAAUACCUCCUGGACAUUUCUCAGAUUCAGCGAGGGUCAGCCAUGCUCCGCAAGGUGGCCAGGGAGAUGGCCAGUCCGAUCCUCUCCAGUAGCAGCAUGAUCAAGGGGGAGCCCUUGGAGUCAACCAUGACCGUGCUGUGGAAGUACCGGCAGCAGAAGCCCUGGAACCUCAGCACCAACCUGGCCUCAGAGCCCGCCACAUCCAUCUACCGGCCAGAUCUUGUCCGGCUCGGAGUGGAGCCAGAGAAGUCCCCAGAUCACGACUUCACCUCCUUCUUGUUCCUCUUCAGGAACACCUUUGGGGAGCCUGUGAUCCAGAUCGACAACAUUGGCAGGGUGAGCCCCGUCCCAGAGCUGUCCUACGAGGUCCUUCAGAACAGCCUCUAUCCCCACACCCGGGCCACCCGCCUGGAGGUCCCCAAGGAUCUCCGGCCGAUGCACAUCUUCAACCUGAAGCACCGGCGUCCCCUGCCCCCGGAGCACUGGUGGACGGACCAGAUGGCCCUGAGCUUGCGGGAGACCCUGGAUCCCACCUUCCUGGGCACGUUGAAGACCCACUUCUCCACCUACUGCAGUGCUGGAGCUCCGAGCCUAAGUAUGGUGGAAGCCAAGGGGCCUCCUUUGUCCCGAGCCAUCAGGAGCAGCUCCUCACCGGCUGUGUGCCCCACAGAGCAAAAGGGCAGAGAUUGCCCCUCGACCUCAAAAGAUUAAUCUG